AUGGCAUACAUCAUUGCCGUCAACACUGGCGGUACUUGCGUCUGCGACUUGACCGACAGACAGGCCUAUGUUCGACGAGACCUUGUCACUGCUACCGCCGCCGUCGCUGGAAUGGCAAGCUUCAUGUUUGGUCUCCUCACAAACCUCCCCGUCGCCAUCGCCCCCGGAAUGGGUCUCAAUGCCUACUUCACCUUCCAAGUUGUCGGCUACAACGGUAGCGGCCCUAUCCCCUACCGUCUCGCUCUCACCGCCGUCUUUGUCGAAGGUCUCAUCUUUGUCUUCCUCGCCCUCACGGGCAUGCGACAGUGGCUCGUCAAGCUUAUACCCGCUACCAUCAAGACUGCUACCGGUGUUGGUAUUGGUUUCUUCCUCACCGAGAUUGGUCUCUCGUACUCUGCGGGUAUUGGUGCCAUCACUGGUGGUUGGACGGCUACCCCGUUGGCUCUUGGUGGCUGUCCUGUCGAGAUGAUUGAUGAGGUUACGGGCAUGUGUUCUGGGGGUCAAAUGUCCAACCCCAAGCUCUGGGUCGCUGUCUUCUGCGGUGGCAUCGUCACGGCGUUCCUCAUGGCCUUCCGCAUCAAGUACGCCCUCAUCAUCGGCAUCGCCCUCGUCUCCAUGCUGUCUUGGCCCCGCAACACCCCCAUCACCUACUUCCCUCACACCCCCGAAGGCGACUCCCGCUUCGACUUUUUCAAGCAAAUCGUCGUGUUCCACCCCAUGGAAAAGACUCUCAACAAGCUCGACUGGGCCUUUGAAGCUCCGGCCUCUCAGUUCGCACUCGCUCUGUUCACCUUCCUCUACGUCGACAUUAUCGAUGCCACUGCGACUCUCUACUCCAUGGUCCGUUUCUGUGGCGUCAUGAGGGACAGUAACGGAGACUUUCCUCGUUCCACUAUCGCCUACUGCACUGAUGCUGCCUUUAUCUCUAUCAGCGCAUUGUUCGGGAGUUCCCCUGUCACGGCCUUCAUCGAGAGUGGCGCCGGCAUCGCAGAGGGAGGGAGAACAGGACUGACCGCCAUGGUCACCGGACUUUGCUUCAUCGUCUCUGUGUUCUUAGCCCCCAUCUUUGCGUCUGUUCCCCCAUGGGCCACUGGCUGUACCCUCAUCUUGGUCGGCUGCAUGAUGAUCCGUCAAAUCACCCAGAUCAACUGGCGAUACAUCGGCGAUGUCCUCCCCUCGUUUGUCGUCAUGACCUUUAUCCCUUUCAGCUACAGCGUCGCCUACGGUCUCAUCGCUGGCGUCUUUGUCUACACCGUCCUCAACGGCCUCAUCGCCAUCGUCGUCUUCCUCUCCCGCGGUCAGCUCGAGCCCCGCGAGUAUGACCUCAAGGAGUACUGGACCUGGAAGGGAUCCGGCCGCGCCCCCUGGUUCGUUCGCGCCAUCCGCCGUCGUAGCCGAUCCGACAUUGCCAUGGACUACAUUGACCGUCCUGGCCACAGCAGCUCCGAGACCGCCGUCUCCUCGGACAAGGAAGAGACCAUCACCAAGACUGGACGCCCCGCUUCUCCUCCUGCCCACUGGGUGAACUAG